AUGAAUUCGCAAUCUUACUCGUAUAGUGAGGAUGAUAUCAAUCAGAUCCGUGAGUCUUUAGCUUUUUCGCAACAGAAAAAGGAACAGAUUGCUCAGACUCUCCCUGCUUUCAAGGGGAUUCAGCAUACUUCGGGAUCGGGUACUACCACAUCAUCAGUGACUGACCUUGACUGGAAAGAAGAAGAUCUCAAAUUGAACACAUCAAGCAAAACCUUCCCUCCUGCAUUGGAGGAUCCAGAACUGGAGCUUCUUCAAUUAUCAGGACCAAUCUUGUUUAUCGCCGCCACGCAUUCUAUCCACCUGCCCAUUACCUAUGCCCAGCUCACGGAUGUGAUUUUGGUGCAUUUUUGCAAUCUCGUUGGAUAUUCUCCAGGAGAAUACGUUGCAGGUAAGAAAAUGCUCACCGCGAAAUACAAGACUCCUCACGUUACCAAUUUCACAGAGUACACAUGGCCGGGCUAUAGAGAAUUCCGAUCAAAAAUCCGGGCUGACUUCAUGGCUAAGCUGAAAUCUAGAAAUUAUACAUGUUUCGACGACCUAUUUGCUAUUUACUCGACAUCCAACAUCGCCGAUGUUGUUAAUGAUGCUGAUAAGCCAGGACCAUCAUCAAUGCCUGAUGUAAGGCCAUCAGUGCGGGAUGCUCAAGAUUCAUCGUUUUUACAUGAAUCUCAAAUUCGGAAAAUUGGAGAUACGGAAAGGACCCUUAUUGAAAGAAUCCAAGACAUGUACGCUGCUGGUCAAUUACCAACAAUAGGAGUUGCGCUGAGCUAUCUGCUAGUCAGAUUAGUAGCAAAAUCCACUGAUCAUGUGAUCAAUAAAGGAAAGGAGUUUGGAGUUUCUCCAAACAAAUACGGUCUUAACAUGAAUCCUGCCUUAACUUUUGAGUUUAAUCCGAAGGCGAUAGAGACCAUUAGAACAAAUAUGACAGCAUACUCUUCUACUGUAGCAACAUACUUACAAAGUUUAGUGGAGUUCAUCAAUACCAAUCAAGACGGCUCAUUGACACCAAACAACUGUAAGAUUCAAAUCAAAGCUAUGAUUGAAAUUCGGCUCGCAUUUUACGGCAUGGUUAUUCCUGCUCUUGGCUUGAGUGUAGCGGACAAACUGCGAAUAUCUGGAGAGCAUCUAGCGUACAUCUCGUAUAGUAAUCUAACACAAGAUGGUUGCAAUGUCUUUUUAGAUUUUUUGUCUCGGCUGAGCAGCCAGAACGAGCAGUACAGAAUUGAUCGUGGCUUAGCAAGUGCAGGGGUAAUUGAUCCCAAUGGACCGUUUAGGUUCUGUCGCUUAUUCAACCAACAAUACAUGAUGAAAUUAUCCGGCAUCAAACACAUCCACACAUCCUAUCUAUGGAUGUACAUUCAACGCAAUCUGGAACAACCGACAUCCGCCACAACAGUGAGAGACAGCGAUAAAGUAUUCGCUAGAUUGACACCUCUCCACAUGGAAUUCCUGGCAGAGCUCGGUAACAUGAUUAUCGGUUAUUAUAGUGGUGCAUCGACGGCUUAUUAG